AUGCUCCCUCUAAUCGCCUCAAGAAAUAGAAGACCCAUUUCCCUUACUAUUAGAAAAUUAUUUCGAACAAUGAGCAUUGUUAAGGGCAAACCAGAGGAAGCCAAAAUAGUUGAAGCCCGUCACGUCAAAGACACAUCGGACUGUAAAUGGAUUGGUUUACAAAAAAUCAUAUACAAAGAUCCAAACGGCAAUGAAAGAGAAUGGGAUAGUGCUGUUCGUACCACUAGAAACUCCGGUGGUGUAGAUGGUAUUGGUAUAUUGACAAUUCUAAAAUACAAAGAUGGCAAACCCGACGAAAUUUUAUUACAGAAGCAGUUCCGUCCUCCUGUUGAAGGUGUGUGCAUUGAAAUGCCAGCCGGUUUGAUUGAUGCUGGUGAAGAUGUCGACACCGCUGCACUAAGAGAGUUGAAGGAAGAGACAGGUUACAAAGGUAAAAUUAUUUCGAAAAGUCCAACUGUAUUCAAUGAUCCUGGUUUCACCAACACCAACCUCUGUCUUGUAACUGUCGAAGUUGAUAUGAGUUUACCUGAAAACCAAAAGCCAGUGACUCAGCUAGAAGACAAUGAGUUCAUUGAAUGCUUCAGUGUCGAAUUGCACAAGUUCCCAGACGAAAUGGUGAAAUUGGACCAACAAGGCUAUAAAUUGGAUGCGCGUGUUCAGAAUGUAGCACAGGGUAUUCUCAUGGCUAAACAAUACAAUAUCCAAUAA